AAUUGUGGGAUCGUAAUGGCUGCUCCCUUGUCUGUAAACAUACGCGUUGUGUCUACGAAAGCCGCAGUUUAAUUAUUUUCCAGGACGCCAGACGUCCUCAGUCUGGACUCUUUUCUCGACCGUUAGUUGACGUGAAACUUUAUCAUUCAUGUGACACUGUCUACAUUUUAGUCUCAAAGAAACAUACGGCAAAUUCCCACAGUGUGCCGCGCUUGUUGGGACAGAAACAGCUAACAGGCUAGCUAACGCUAGCUGCUCAGACUGAGACAAUGGAUGAUGAUUUGUCCAUGCACAGGCUGGAAGGGAGUGAUCCGUCUGCUCAGGUCGGUGGGCUGAUAGUAAAGAAGAAGAGUGCUGCUUCAGAGCAGCAUGUUUUUCGGGCACCCACUCCACGCACAUCUUUGUUGGGCUUGGAUCUGUUGGCAGCACAGAAACGGAAGGAGCGUGAGACUAAGGAACAGGCAGAUUCUGGUGGUGAUGACAGAAAUAGAAAGAAGUCCAAGGUUUCCUCCUACAAGGACUGGGAGGAAGGCAAAAGUGACUCUGGUUCUGAUGAAGAAGAUGAUGCUCAGGAUAGUGGUGCUAAGAAGGAGAGCAGGAAGUAUCGUGUGACUGGUUCUGAGACGCCCUCAAACCCUGGAGGGGUCAGUGAAGAGUUCAAACGCAAAAACCAGCAGAGGGAGAAAGACAGACGUGAACAUGGAGUCUACGCUUCCUCUAAAGAGGACAAGAACAGAGACAGAGAAAGGAGCAGAGACAAGGGCAGAGAGCGACGGAAUGACAGAGAUGAGCGAGAGAGCAGUACAGGCCGUGGCAGCAGCAGCAGCCGGUCGGAGCGCAGUGAGAGGAGUGAACGCUCACAGAGGGACGGCUGGUCUGAUCGCAUCAGUCGUGGGAGUAAGAGGGAUGAACCACAGACACCACAGCAUCGUCCCAGAGAUUCCUUUACACCUUCGCGCUCCAACUGGGAUGAGGAUGACAGUGGUUAUGCCAGUUCCAGACAUUCCCAGUGGGAAUCUCCAUCUCCCACCCCGUCUCACAGAGAGUCAGAUCGCUCAGAGAGAAGCCACCGCUCUGGCCGAGAGAGUGAAAGGAGGGACAGGUCAGUCAGAGGCCGUUACCCUGACGACACACCGCUGCCUACCCCAUCCUACAAGUACAAUGAGUGGGCCAAUGAUCGAAAGCAUCUGGGUUCUACGCCCCGUUUGUCACAAGGAAAAGGUCGGAGGGAAGACGGAGAGGGAGGAAUUAUGUUUGAUAAUGAGGGCGAGAAAGAGCAGUGGGAAGAGGACCAGAAGCAAGCUGACAGAGAUUGGUACAUGAUGGAUGAAGGCUAUGAUGAGUUUCACAACCCUUUCACCUCCACCUCUGAUGAAUAUGUAAAGAAGAGAGAACAGAUUCUUCAGAAACAGACUCAGAAAAGAAUAUCUGCCCAGAAGCGGCAGAUCAACGAGGAUAAUGAACGGUGGGAGACCAACCGUAUGCUGACCAGCGGUGUGGUGCAAAGGUUGGAGGUGGAUGAAGACUUUGAGGAGGACAAUGCUGCUAAGGUUCACUUGCUGGUUCACAACCUUGUCCCGCCCUUCCUGGAUGGGAGAAUAGUUUUCACUAAGCAGCCAGAGCCUGUCAUCCCAGUAAAAGAUGCUACGUCUGACAUGGCCAUCAUCUCACGCAAGGGCAGCCAGCUUGUCCGUAAACAUCGUGAGCAGAAAGAACGUAAAAAGGCGCAGCACAAACACUGGGAAUUGGCAGGCACCAAGUUGGGGGAUAUCAUGGGGAUCAAGAAGACAGAGGAUGAAGACGCGUCUGGUGACAAAGUGGUGGGCGAGGAUGGCAAAGUAGACUACAGAGCCGAACAAAAAUUUGCAGACCACAUGAAAGAGAAGUCUGAGGCCAGCAGCGAGUUUGCUAAGAAGAAGAGCCUUCUGGAGCAGAGACAGUACCUGCCUAUCUUUGCUGUCCGACAGCAGCUUCUUAACAUCAUUAGAGACAACAGCAUUGUGAUUGUUGUCGGGGAGACGGGCAGUGGAAAGACCACUCAGCUGACCCAGUACCUGCAUGAGGAUGGUUACACCAGCUAUGGCAUGGUGGGUUGUACUCAGCCCCGAAGAGUGGCAGCCAUGAGUGUAGCCAAGAGAGUCAGCGAGGAGAUUGGCACCAAUCUUGGAGAGGAGGUGGGCUAUGCAAUCCGUUUUGAAGACUGUACAUCUGAGAAAACGCUGAUAAAGUACAUGACAGAUGGAAUCCUGCUCAGAGAGUCCCUGAGGGAGUCGGACCUGGACCACUACAGCGCUGUUAUAAUGGAUGAGGCUCACGAACGCUCCCUGAAUACUGAUGUGCUGUUUGGCUUGCUGCGUGAGGUCGUAUCUCGGCGCACUGAUUUGAAGCUUAUAGUUACCUCUGCAACUAUGGACUCAGACAAAUUUGCGGCAUUCUUUGGCAAUGUACCCAUCUUCCACAUUCCAGGAAGAACAUUUCCAGUAGACAUCUUGUUUAGCAAGACACCUCAGGAGGACUAUGUGGAGGCAGCUGUGAAGCAGGCUCUACAGAUCCACCUCAGUGGGCUGGUGGGAGACAUUCUCAUCUUUAUGCCUGGGCAGGAGGAUAUUGAGGUCACAUCAGAUCAGAUUGUGGAGCGUUUAGAGGAUCUGGAGAACGCUCCUCCUCUAGCUGUGCUGCCCAUUUACUCCCAGCUUCCAUCUGACCUCCAGGCCAAGAUCUUCCAGAAGGCUCCAGAUGGUGUGAGGAAAUGCAUUGUCGCUACAAACAUUGCUGAGACUUCCCUCACCGUGGAUGGAAUCAUGUUUGUUGUGGAUUCAGGAUACUGCAAACUGAAGGUUUUCAAUCCUCGCAUUGGUAUGGAUGCUCUGCAGGUUUAUCCUAUCAGCCAAGCUAAUGCCAAUCAGCGUGCAGGCCGAGCCGGACGUACAGGACCAGGGCAGUGUUACAGGCUGUACACUCAGAGCGCCUACAAGAAUGAGAUGCUGACGACCACCAUCCCAGAAAUCCAGAGGACCAACCUGGCCAACGUAGUUCUGCUGCUGAAGUCUCUUGGUGUUCAGGACUUGCUCCUUUUCCACUUCAUGGAUCCGCCACCCGAGGACAACAUGCUGAACUCUAUGUACCAGCUCUGGAUCUUGGGAGCUCUGGACAACACAGGUGCUUUGACACCAACAGGGCGACUGAUGGUGGAGUUUCCCCUUGACCCUGCCCUGUCCAAGAUGCUGAUAGUGUCCUGUGACAUGGGCUGCAGUGCUGACAUCCUCAUCAUCGUCUCCAUGUUGUCUGUGCCAGCCAUCUUCUACAGACCAAAGGGCCGUGAGGAGGAGAGUGACCAGGUGAGGGAGAAGUUCUCAGUCCCAGAGAGUGACCACCUCACCUACCUUAAUGUCUACAUGCAGUGGAAGAACAACAACUACUCCAGCAUCUGGUGCAAUGACCACUUCAUCCACACCAAGGCCAUGCGCAAGGUGCGUGAGGUACGCUCCCAAUUAAAGGACAUCAUGGUGCAGCAGAGGAUGAACCUGGUUUCCUGCGGCUCGGAUUGGGACAUCAUCAGAAAGUGCAUCUGUGCCGCUUACUUCCACCAGGCUGCCAAGCUCAAGGGUAUCGGUGAAUAUGUGAACGUGAGGACAGGCAUGCCAUGCCACCUCCAUCCCACCAGCUCCCUGUUUGGAAUGGGCUACACUCCUGACUACAUCAUCUACCAUGAGCUGGUUAUGACCACGAAGGAGUACAUGCAGUGUGUGACAGCAGUGGACGGAGAGUGGCUGGCAGAACUUGGGCCCAUGUUUUAUAGCAUUAAACAUGCAGGAAAAAGCAGACAGGAGAACCGUCGCCGGGCCAAGGAGGAGAUCAGCAACAUGGAGGAGGAGAUGGCGAUGGCCGAACAGCAGCUGCGAUCUCGUCGAGAGGAGCAGGAGAAGAAGAGCAACACCGGCAGCGUAAAGGCAGUGAAAAUCUGCACACCCGGAAGAAAAGAAGAGGCCCCCAUGACACCCAGACGUACCCCUGCCCGCUUUGGACUGUAAAAGCUCCUCCUGGAAGUAUCGAUUAUAUCAGCUACCAGAGAUUCAUCCAGACUUGGACCACAGCAGAUCAAGCAAAAACAGUGUAACUUCCAGCUAACCAUGUGUCCCUCCCAGCAUGACCAUCCACUGCAGUUCACGUACCGACCACUAGAGUGAGAACUUGUAUAAGCUACAAGACUCCGAGACAAACCAGCUUUAUCAAAAUGCCUCCCUCCACCUUCAUCUGCCACUAGCUGUUUCUAUGAUGCAUUUUAAAAGAAUAAAGGACUGUGUUGUUGUUUUUUGUAUUCUCAAUAUGUAUAUGUGCUCAUUACCAGAAGUUUUUUUUUCCCCUUACAGAAUGAUUUUGCCCAAACAAGGAAACUAAAGCUUAAUUUUCUAUCUUCCUGACUGCAUUGUUCAAGGGCAACUGAAACAUAGUGCUCUAAUUUCAGUGUGACUUGUCUUUGUGUCCUUGCAUUUCCUAGUUCUUGUAGUGUUGUGACUUGAACAACAUGUGCCACCUUCAAGUGCUCCUCUACAGACUGAAGCACUACUCAAACUCUACUUGUGGAAUGAGUGUCUACUGACUCUGGAGUUGUAUUGUAAUAUACCCUAAUACACACAACACACUCGUGCAGGCUUAGGCAAUUGACUUCUUCCUACUUUCUGUUGACCUUGUUCCAACGAGGUAAUGUACCACAGCAUUGCUUCGUAUCUUCACCAUGCUGGAUUGAAGAUAUCAACUGUUUUAUUUUCAUGGUCCCUGUGUUUAAAAAGAAAGGCAGUUUCCUUUGUGGUUUUCCUCCAAACAGAUGUUGCAAAAUUGUCUUUUAAACGGGCAUUUUUGUUGAUAUGCGCCUUCUGAGCUGAUCAGAAUAUCACGCAGCUUCGGACAGACUGGUUUAUCUGUAACCGUGCUUGGAUUGUGACAGUUACUGUUUUUUUUGUUUGUUUUUUUUUGUGGAACUCAGACAGCUCUUGAUUUUUCCUUCAAAAUCUUUUGUAAAUGAAAAAAAAAAUAAAUGUUAGCUAUUUUUUUAAACUGAUGUAAUGGCAUUUGAUGUUGUAGUCACUAAAUGUUUUUCAGUGUAACUGUGGUUUGUGCUUAAACAUUUAAGUUGGUUGGAUGAAAGCUCGAUAGGCCAUAAAUUCUUCACCUGCAGCUUCUGUAAAUACACUUGCUUAUGUAUCUAUAAAAAGAACACAGUGGUGAAUGA